AUGGCCCUUUUGCGACUGGUUGAGGCGCUAGCCUUUUGCAUGAUAUGCCUUAUGGUGCCCGUGGCACGGGGCUAUUGUGAUUACCGGACCGUGGUCACCCUUGAGGCGAAUACUCCCGUGAUCGUCACCAGCAACAAUCGCUCCUACUACAGCACGUACAGCCCAAAACGCUCUUGCGAGUGGUUCAUCACCGCACCCCCGGGCCUGAUCGUGCAGAUCGAGCCGCUAACCUUUGACACAGAAUGCAGCUGGGAUUACGUCACCUUUUACGACGGCCCAAAUCACAGCAGCCCCGUGUUGGCGGCUGCUAGCGGCAACCAGUUUUCUGAAACUCUUCAUUCCACGAGCACGACGGCCGUGAUUCACUUUUACAGUGAUGCAAAUUAUGUUCGCCCGGGCUUUGAGCUUCAACUCUCCGCAGUCUCCCCCUCUGCCAGUAACCCCAGUCCCGCAUGCGCAGAUUGUGCGUGCGCCAAUGUUUCGGGGGUGGCCUGCCUUGUUCACUCGGCCAGCGAGCCCAACACCUGGUUUCGGGCGGCUCAGCUUCCGCCCAGUAACAUUGGUAUUGGUCCCCUUAAAGCUGCGGCUGCUCCAGUUUCCAAUGGGACCUACUUUUACGGUGGCUCUGAUCUCACCACCGUGAGCCACCAGCUUUUGUUCGUCGCCGAAGACCUCAGCAUCAACCGCUUGCCCAGCGCAAACCUGUCUCUCCCCGGAGCACGACGAUACAGCCAUGCCAUGGCACAACUGAACAGUGUUCUUGUUGCGCAUGGCGGAUACGAUGCGGUGACACCGUCAGCCACCUCGAUGCGCGAGGAUGCCAUCGCCUUUGAUCUGAACCGCCACGCGUGGAUCAGCCUGCCCAUCUUGGGCGCGCAAACAGGCGCUUUGGUCGGACACACCAUGACGUCCGUUGGUUACGGGCAGGCCAUCGUGAUUGGUGGCCGCGGCCUUGACAAGGUCUUCAACCCCUGGAUCUACCGCCUUGAACUGCAGGAUAACCACACCUUGACUUCCACCCGCCUCUUGCCGGCCGGCCAGACCCUCAACCUGCGUGUAUCAGAGCAUAGCGCAACCUGGUAUGAACCACAUGGCGUCAUUUACAUCUUUGGUGGAUAUCGCGAGACCGGUCCCAGCACAACCAGCAAAUCAAAUUUGCUCUACGGUUACAACGUGGAGCAAAACUACUUGUUCCUGGUGAAGCCUCGCAAUGCCUUUAUCCCAUCACCACGGGCCUUCCACAGGUAUUGCCGCACCCGCCCCCCGAGGCGCAGCGUCGGGUUCAUUCAACCGGCAAACACAGCGUUCAACCACACGUCUCACCACAUCAUGUUUGUGGCGGUCCUCGGCGCGGCAUACCGCCCCUUGCUCUGCAGUGCGGUGCUGAUGGGAUACGCCAUCGUUUUUCAUGGCGGUCAAAUUCACUCUCACAAUCAAGACGAGACGUGUUAUGCCGAUGACGUUCUUGUUUUCCACCUUGAUUGCCAAACCUAUGAGGAGCUCAUCUUCAGUGCGGACGGGCGCGAAGGAAGUCGGUUUGCACACAACCUCAUGGCUGCAGGUAGCCACCUUGUGGCCGUUGGUGGUUUUCGCGGCAUUGCCGUUCAAGAUAUGCUUACGGUCAUGCCAGAGCUGUCUCAGUGUGCUCCGCAAGAACCAAGCACGUGCGUGGCCACGCCUGACUGUCAACUUUGCGUGAGUCCCAUUCCCACCACAACUACCACGGUAACCACGACCCCAGCGCCCACAACUACGCCCGAUGAGUCCACCGCGACGACGCUGUUUGCCAAUUCUUCCUCAACCGCGUUGAGCACUUCCUCUUCGGAGCUCUUCUCCACCUCCACCCCGACAACCAUGGCCAUGACGACCACGCCCACCCCAAGCAACUUUGUGUGCAUCGAGGCUGGUGAGCUACCCAGCGCCGCUGGUGCUGAAUGCUAUGAUUCCCUUUGCCUGGCGGCGUGUACCGCUCGGACCACUUGUGGCGAUUGCACGGCGCAGGCUUCCUGCGUCUGGCGAGGUUCGACCUCAAAGUGUUUGAGCGUGGCGCAAGCUGGUACUUUGACGGCUGAUGAUGCACGCAAUGCCACGCAAUGCAUACGCACGGUGGCCACCGCCACGGGUGUGCUCGAGUUGUCCUUUGGAACCACCAUCCUCGGCAGCAUUUGGUCCAACUACGAAGCCAUGGCCCUAUUGCCGAGCAUCACAGCUGAUGCAGCACAGACGGCACCAGGACUUGUGUAUGCAGCCUCUUUUUCUCUCGCAACCGCUACAAAUGUCACCCUUGCAUCCCGUUUUCAUGCGGGGGGCACCUUUCGCAUUUACGCGGACAGCCUAUCUUGGCUGGCUUUGUCAGCCUCCAAUCUCAACAACGCACUGCACCCGCCCACCAAGUUGCCGACUGCCAGCACCAUUUACACCCAAACCUCGCUUGCAGCGGGAAGCUACAAGAUGUUAAUUGUCUUGACCACAGACGAGUUGACGCCAGCCUCGGCCUGCUGCUUUGCAGAUUCCUUUGGCAACAGCAACUGUGGCUGGUGUGAAUCCACGGGAACCUGCUUUGACUUUGGUCCCUACACGGCGAGCCAGGCUUUUGGGCAGUGUAGCAGUUGGGACUAUGGCUACAGUGCUGCGCCUUGCGGUGGCUGCCAGCAGCAUGCAACCUGUGACGCAUGUAUGAAAGGGUUUGGCUGUGGCUGGCUGGGCAACGAGACGGAGUUUGGUGCUUGUCGCGCCGGCGAUGUGACGGCCGUAGCAGAAGAUAUAGAGGCAGACGUGGGUGAGGAUUGGUUCUACACGGGCUGUCCACCGGAGAAUGAGUGCCUAAUGAAUACAUCAGACUGUUCGACGCACGCCGUGUGCGUGGACGAGGAGCUGGGUUACAGCUGUCCAUGUGAAGCGGGGUACGACGUGGAUCACAGCCAGGAUAGCCGAUAUUUUGGGCGCAGCUCGAAUCCCUGCCUACCACAGUGCGACACUGUCACCUGCGUGCACGGCUCGUGCGCUGCCCCAGAGACAUGCGGUUGUGAUCUGGGCUGGACGGGUACCAACUGCACGCUAGACUGUGGUUGCAACUUUAAUGGGGUCUGCACUGGCAAUGUCGAAGCGCCAUGUGAGUGCGAGCGCAACACCAUGGGCACGCGCUGCGACACCUGCCUGCCCGGCUAUUUUGGCAAUGCCACGGCUGAGGGGUGCCAACCGUGUGACUGCAACGGCCAUGGCGAUCCGCGUUUUGAUCUGUGCGAUCCCAACACCGGCGUCUGCUACUGUCGUCACUACACGCAGGGCGAUCACUGCAACCAGUGCAUGAAUGGGUUCUAUGGUGAGCCGAGCAACGGGGGAGUAUGCUACUCUGCGUGUGGGCAUGGUGCAACCACGUCGAGCGAGCAGCGUGUUGAGCUGACUGAACACUUUGGCGGGUUCGGAACUCAGCGAUACGGGGGUAGCGCGGGUCACGCCGACGACCUCAACUGCAUCUGGGCCAUUCGUGCAGGCAGCGCAACAGCACGCGUUACCUUUUUCUUGAGCGACUUUGAGACGGAGUGCAGCUUUGACUAUGUUCACAUUUUUGAAGGAAGCGAGCUGCCCUCUCCCCAAUCUGCAGGCUCGCGACUGCUGGCCGCACUGUCGGGCAGCCAGCCCAUGCGCUCGUUCACCACCACCAGCGGCUACCUGCUGGCUGUCUUUUAUGCCGAUAACAACUAUGGCGAGCGUGGCUUCAACAUCAGUUACAGCAUCCAACCGACUGAGCCUGAGUGGGUGGCGUGUCCCAAUGACUGUGGCGCACGGGGGCCAUGCCUCAAUGGUACCUGCUUGUGUCGACCGGGUUGGACUGGUGAUGACUGUUCGCGCGUCGACUGCCGCGUGCAGGAUGCCGCCUGCUCGGGACGAGGCACCUGCGGCGAGGCGGAUGGCCACUGUGACUGCGAGGUGGGCUACAGCGGUGACCUUUGCCAAGACGUCACAGCUUACGCGUGGCAAGACUUGACAACAGAUUCCUUACCACCGCUGUCUGGGCACUCGGUCACGCUCUAUCAGAGCUCGCGCCUGUACCUUUUUGGUGGCUAUGACCUGGACACGUAUCACAGCGACGUGUAUGUGUACAUCUUGGGCAACCCGCGCUGGGUCCGGGAGAACGUUGAUACCUCUGGUGGCCAACCGGCGGGGCGGCACCUGCACACGGCCGUCAUGCGCACCUCCGGAGGAGUGCCCGCACUGACAAUCUUUGGCGGUGCAGUGGGUAAUGGCCAGGUCACAAAUGAUGUGUGGACGUGGAAUCUGCAGACCAAAAUCUGGACGAACCGCACAACAACGGGUGCCAUACCUCAGCCUGUAGCUGGGCACUGCUCCGCACUGGUCGGCAACCUUAUGUACGUGUACGGCGGCGCAAGCGACGCAAUGGGCCUGCACGGUAUGUUGUACACCCUGAACCUGGACACGUGGGUCUGGUCGCGGCCAUCCAGCUCCCCGGUGGUGCACCCGCCGGCUGUCUUUGGUGCCACACUGACAUAUGACAGCGUCAACCUACGCCUGUUGCUGAGUGGAGGCCAAGAGGAGUCAGUGCUGCGUACCACAAACAGCUUUUAUCACAGCUUGACACGCUCCAGCAACUUUUUUGAGUGGUCGCUCCGCGGUGGUCAGACGGGUUGGCAUGCGUUAUCGCGCAGUGCGCCUUUUUGCAGCCCUUCCACUGACUGCCUGGCCCGAUCGGGCCAUGCUACGUUCAUUCACGAGGACUUGAUGUACAACUUUGGUGGGAACACCUUUGAACACAACGUCGACACGGGGUGUCAAACGGACGACCUCCAAGCCUACCAUUUGGAAUGCGAUGCAUGGAUUCCCCUGCCGACCGAGCUCAACGGCCGCACCAGCGAUGGGCUGGGCCGCGUGUUCCACCGCGUGGUCGCCUUGAAUGAGCAGGCAUACGGCGUGGGUGGGUUUACCGGUGCUCCCUCGCGCUGGACGGCUGCACGGACCUUGUACAGUGCAAGCGAAUUGUGUCCACUGUACACGGACCGUAGCACGUGCAUGGAUAAUUUUAACUGUGCUUGGAACGCGACGGCCGCGACCUGUGACCCUUUGCCCGCUGCCAACUGUUCACGAGCGGCUUUGAGCUGCUCCGCUCGGCCUUCGUUUGUCCUCACCACCUAUCAGUUCUGCACGGCUUGCCUGGAGGAUGAUGGGUGUCACUUUUGCGUGUCCAGCAGUGGGAUUUUCUCGUGCUCGUCUUCCGCGUGCAGCGCUUCAGCCACCACGGUGAGCCGGGAGCACCCGUACUGUAGCUCAUGUCGCGGCUAUUCUUCGUGCUUUGACUGUGCAAGCAACGGGUGCGUGUGGAGCCCCGAGGUGUCCCUGUGCACGGAUUCCGCCUAUGGCUCUUCAACAGCCGUGACAACGACGGCAGAGUGUCCGGCCAUGUGCGACUACGACUCGUGUGGUGACUGCGAGGCUGCCAGCGGUUGCUUGUGGUGUGAGGGUGAAGGUCGUUGCUUGAAUGACUUGAGCUAUGUGGCAGAGCAAUCACUCGGCCAGUGCUUUCGGUAUGGCGACUUGAAUGGCAACGCAUGUCGGAAUACCGAGUGCGCUGACUACGGCGACUGCGACUCGUGCCUUGACGACAUUCGGUGUGGCUGGUGCGCGGCCAACGCAUCAGUUGGCGUGUGCAGCGCGGGGGCACCGGGAGGUGCCGCCGAAGCACCACCAGCGACAGGCACGACCACGACAACGCCGCCGACGCCUGUGGCUUCAACUGCACCGGGGCUCAGUACGACACCAGCUGACGUGGCAUGGGGCAGUGCCACCGACGUGGAGGCCACGUGUGGCAUGCUGGACGUCUUUACGCUGCCCGUACCUGUGCCUGAGUUUGAGGCCCAAGCCACCGGGGCUGGUGGCGCGGGCAGAAACGGGACCGGCUGGUAUUUCUUCCAUUGCGCUGACGUGGACGAGUGUGCGCUCAACACGUCGGCAUGCCGCGCUCCCAGCGUGUGUGUUAACGAGGAUCCGGCAGUGGUCAUUGGCUCAAUGGGGUAUCGGUGUGAAUGCCCGGCCAACUACACGACCUCAGCGGAUCGCCUCGGCUGUGAGGCCGUGUGCGAAACCAACGGGUGCGUGUACGGUGACUGUGUGGCUCCCGAUACGUGCCGCUGUCAUGCGGGGUGGUACGGGGUCAAUUGCAGCCAGGACUGCGGCUGCAAUGGACACUGCACCUGCACCUCACCCACCAAUCGGUCGGCGUGUCUGGACAACACGGUGGGUGAUACGUGUGACGAGUGCAUGGAGGGCUUUCACGGCACACCCACCAAUAAUGGCACAUGCGAGGCCUGUAGCUCCGUCUGUAACGGGCAGUCGACAACGUGCCGCACAUCGGUGGUGGCUGGUGCGGCCGUGUGCCAGGACUGUGCGUAUCCCACCACGGGGUCGUACUGUGAAGAAUGUAUGAGCGGUUUCUUCAUCGAUCCCGACAUUUUGGUGGCGGCACAUGCCGCAGACAUGGAUCCUACUGAAUAUGUGCUCAGCAACGCAUCGGUACCCAUGAGCUGCGUACCGUGCGACUGCAACGGGCACGCUUCGACGUGUGAUGCCGUUGACGGCACCGACUGUCCGUGUGCGGACAACACGGAAACCGACUUGACGGACUGUGAUGAGGACAGCUACGGGAGCUGCUGGCAUGUGCAGUGUGCGUCGUGUGUGAGCUAUAUUUCCGUUGGUGAUGUCACCUUGACGUUGAACGGCGACCCCACAGAUGGACGUUUUUGCUACACGCUACCUAGUUCGGGCAUGGUGACGUCAGUCCGCCUACCGGCACAGACGAUGCUGCAGUUUGCCGUCAUCCCCACCUUUACCAACGUUGACAUUCGUGUGGUGGUGGACAAGGACGUAGCGGAUCCAGGCAACCUGGAGGUGAGGAUCUUUGAUACCAUCAAUGUAUCGACGGGCAACGUGACGUACAAGACAUACGUGCCGUUGGAUGGCAUGGCGAGCGGGGUGCGACGAGCGACGGCAAGAGCGGCCCCACCCGCGUCCUCACCGGUGCUGGAUGGGACGGUUCGCGACCGCCACACGUUCAUCUUGGGCAGCAAGCAGCACGAUUUUCAGCAGGAGCGCUUCUAUGUGUUUGUCAUCAACCCGGAGACUGCGUCGGCCAUCGAUGUGCAGUUUUUCUAUGUGCAGCCCGUGGUCUCGAUCAAUCUGUUUGUGUUCUUCAGUGUGUUCUUCAGCGCCUUUUACCUGUUCCUGGCAGCCCUCGUGAUUGUGGCAUACUUUAAGCGUCGCGUGGACGAGCGCCGCGUUCAGCAGCAGGAGCAAGUUCAGAUGGAGGAACUGGCGAAUCGACCCAUGGCGGCAGUGAGUCUGCUUUUGGAGCCGCCCGUGGUCAGUGGUACGGCUGCCAUUCGAGUCGUUGAGGCCAUCUCUCGGAAAAAGUUGCUUUGCGGUCCAAUUGCGAUCCAGCCCCUAAGAAGUCAUGGUGGCAAGGACCGCAUUACGACGUACCUAGUGGAGCUGCCUUCUGAUUCGCACCAUCGUAGCUUGGUCCUGGGUGUUACACGGGAUUCGACAGAGCCACCCGCGGCGGGCGGCAAGCGGCGGCGCCGCAUGAUUGCCACAACCGCCGUCUAA